AUGGUGGUCAAACGUAAGAGACCUUCUCCUUUGAAUUUAGGAAGUGCUCAGCAUUGCCUGGAGGGAAUUCAAAGUUCUCCACGAAUGGCAUCAUUUGCAUUAAGUCCGAGCGAUAAACAACAUGCAAUAGAGCAAAGCAAGCAGAUAGCAUUACGACAACGACGACUCAUAAGCUCAAGUGCAAUCACCCCAAAUGACGUAUACGUGAACUCCGGAGGUUCUUCCGCGGAAACAUCGUCAUCAACAGCAGGCUUUUUUAAUAAUAGUCCAUCCUCGACAACAUCUUCCGGAUCAUGCCACAAAGAGGAGAAUGAAAAGGAUUCACAAUUUGUUGUGAAGGAUACAUCAACCGAGAAAGUACAAGAUGAUACCAAAUUUAAAGCUGCUGCUGAACAUAAUUCAGUUAAGAUACCCGAAAUUAAAACGACCCAGGCGGCAGAAACUAAUAGCACUUCAGAGAUUGACGAGAGUGAGAAUCAAGCAAAAAAGAGGCCACGUCGUGGGGAGCCACCUAGACCGUUGCAUAUCCCACAAAGACAUAAAGCAUUGCUUCGCCAAAGGCAGGUUGUCUCUGCUCCGAUAAAUUCUGCCGAUUGGCAACGAUCCAGAAGGUUCCUUGUGAACAGUGCCGCUCAGAGAUUGCCUCCAAGCUUAGUCCCCAUCAUGCCGUUUCAAGGCAUGGGUCAACAAGCCAUGUAUGCAUUACCAACAUUGCCAAUAGCGAGCGGCAGGGCAUCCUCUUCAAAUAUAAGGGUUGCCGGUGGAUUCAGAUCCUUUGGUUCAGGGCAAAUGUCUCAAAAACGACCUUACAGCAUGAUCCCGAUAGUUUCUGCACAUCCACCUGUAGCUGUGAGGGGUGCCACCAGUGAGGAUUGUACUUCAAAUUCAGAAACUCAGGAUAGAAACAACACAGUUGAUGAUGUUUAUGCAGGAUCAUACAGGAAAAAAGAGCAAGGGAAAGCCUCCGCAAAGAGUGAUCAUGAACAGUCGGAAACGUCAUCAAAAAAAGAUGAAGAUGAGGACGAUUCAGAUGAUCUUGAAUCGAGGGCAAUCGAGGAAGGAGCCGAGGCACCUCAGGAAAAUCUUCAAGGUGUUAUUAGAAUCGGAGAGAGAUUAUAUCGAUACAGUGUUGCUGUUACAGGGGAUAAGGCAAGUGACAAAAAACAUUUCCAUGAUGUUAUGGAUGUGAUAUGGAAGAAUUAUGCUGAAUAG